AUGGCAGCUGCUGAAGUUGAAGUUCCUCCCACGGAGACGGCUGGCUUGCCAGACUAUCUCCUUGAUCCCAAUGCCACUUUGAAAGACGAUUCUGCGAAAUGGAGAUAUGGCCAAGCUCCAGACUAUACCAAUACUCGUAAAAUCUAUGAACAAACGAAAACCCAAAACCAUACGGCAGCUUCUCUCCCCAACCUUGUCGAGAACCUUGUCAAGAACUGGGAAGUAGAGGCCAGUUUCAAACCCGAUAUCUCCGACUGGCGUACCAUCGACCAUGCUAACUACACAUUUUCAAUCAACGGCGGCCUUCCCCAGAGCGCAGAACACAUGCUGAAGGUCGGGACGUACAACGCCAUUAUCACCUCCAAUGAGUUCUACGAUCCUGAGAAGUCAGACUUCGCAAGUAGUCACAAGACCUUCAAGAGGAUGAUGCCGACAUUUGCGUGGGAGGUGUUGGAGGUUUACAGUGGGCCGCCUGUUGUGGCCUUCAAGUGGAGGCAUUGGGGUACAAUGAAGAAUGAUUAUGUCGGGGUCAACGACAAAGACGAGAAAGUCACAGUGAAAGCCCAUGGCGGAGCAAUUGACAUCCAAGGCAUCACGGUCGCCAAAGUCGACGACAAGGUGCGCUUGCAGAGCGUAGAAACAUGGUUCGAUCCUAUGGAGAUGUUUCGACAGAUUGCACCUAAUGGAGAGGUGACGAAGACUCCGGUUGUAACAAAGCCAGGUGAAGAUAUAACGACGCUGUUACAUGGCGAGGAGACUGUGCCCGUUGAGGAGGUGCUGAACUCAGCAGGCUCGACGGCCACUGCGAUGGCUCAUGAGGAGAUGGCUGGAGCUACGACUGCGGCUUGUCCUUUUAUUGCGAAACAUGAGUGA